GUGACCAUCCGUCAGCACAGUACGUCACCACGGUGUUCGCCAUUGUCCUGAUACCAUGCUUCUAAUAGGACACCUGUCUCUUUUCUCGUAGUAAACGCGAACUAGAUGGAUCGAAGUUUAAAGCGAAGGCAGGUGAAACCACUUGCUGCCUCUCUCCUUGAUGCUUUGGAUUAUGACAGCUCGGAUGACAGUGACUUUGAAGUGGGAGAUGCUUCAGGGUCAGAGGGCACAGGCAAUGGCAGUGAUGAAGAAGGGUCUAAAGUGAGUGCAGCAGGUUCAGAAAGUGACUCAGACAACGCUGCUUCUGCAGAUGAUGGCAUAGAUGAGGAGGAGGCCAAAGACCUAGCUGCUGAGGAUAACUUAACCGAGGAUGAGGAAAAGAGCAAACAGCAGCCAUCCUCAGACAGCUCCACCAAAGACAAUUCCACUGUCACCCCACCCAAAGGAAGACGGAAGAGCAAAAAAAUGUCAGAGCCAGAGCCUGAUGCGGCUGCUGGAGCUGAAUCUGCCUCAAUGUCUGGAUCCAACAGUGUGAAUGUUGAAGAGUCUCAGGCUGAGCCCAAGAAAUGGAAUUUCCGCAGGAACCGCCCCCUGCUGGACUUCACUACCAUGGAAGAACUGAAUGAGAUGGACGACUAUGAUAGUGAAGAUGAUAAUGACUGGAGACCCACAGCAGGGAAGAAGAAAGGCAAAGCAGCUGCUCAGAAAGGAGACACGGAUGAAGAGGAUUGUGGAAGUGCUAGUGAUGAUGAUGACGACAACGAUGAUGAUGACGAUGAUGAUGACGACGAUGAUGAUGAAGAGGACGAUGACAAGGAAGAUGACAAGGAAGAUGGUGAUGACAACAUCAAUAGUAGCAGUGAUAGUGACAAACAGGUGAAGAAGUCCAAAAAGAAGACAAAAAGCAGCAGUGCUUUUGAUGAAGAGCUGACCAAUGACGGCAUGUCCCAGGGAAAGGGCAACGAGGGUGCUUUGCAGGACCGCUCGCAGACCUGGAGCACACAACACAUUCUCAUCUGCUGCGUUUGUCUAGGAGACAACAGUGAAGAUGCAGAUGAAAUCAUUCAGUGUGACAACUGUGGGGUGACUGUCCAUGAAGGGUGUUACGGUGUGGACGGUGAGAGCGACUCGAUUAUGAGCUCAGCCUCGGAGAAUUCAACAGAGCCUUGGUUCUGUGAUGCCUGCAAGAAUGGAGUGACUCCCAGUUGUGAGCUUUGCCCCAACCAGGAUGGCAUCUUCAAAGAGACAGAUGCUGGGAGGUGGGUGCACGUGGUUUGUGCUCUUUAUGUUCCUGGAGUUGCAUUUGGGGACAUUGACAAGUUGCGACCAGUGACACUCACAGAGAUGAAUUAUUCAAAAUACGGGGCCAAGGAGUGCAGUUUCUGCGAGGACGCUCGCUUUGCCAGAACUGGUGUGUGUAUCAGCUGUGAUGCAGGAAUGUGUCGAUCCUACUUUCAUGUCACCUGUGCACAGAGGGAGGGGCUCCUGUCUGAGGCUGCAGCGGAGGAGGAUAUCGCUGAUCCAUUUUUUGCAUACUGCAAACAGCAUGCAGACCGCUUUGACAGGAAGUGGAAAAGGAAGAAUUACCUGGCCUUACAGUCUUAUUGUAAAGUCUCCCUUCAGGAGAGAGAGAGACAGCUUACCCCCGAAGCUCAGGCCCGAAUCACCACUCGCUUGCAGCAGUACCGGGCAAAAGCCGAACUGUCCAGAAACACCCGUCCACAGGCGUGGGUACCCCGAGAAAAGCUGCCACGACCUCUGACCUCUAGUGCCUCAGCUAUCAGAAAGUUGAUGAGGAAGGCUGAACUGAUGGGCAUCAGCACUGACAUUUUCCCUGUGGACACAUCUGAUACCAAUGCCAGCAUGGAUGGUCGCAGGAAACACAAGCAACCUGCUCUGACAGCAGACUUUGUCAACUACUACCUGGAGCGGAACAUGCGAAUGAUCCAGAUCCAGGACAACAUCUCUGAGCAGAAAAACUUAAAAGACAAACUUGAGAGCGAACAAGAAAAACUGCAUGUAGAGUAUAACAAGCUCUGUGAGUUUCUGGAGGAGCUGCUGAAUGUGAAUGGAAAGCUGCGGAGUGAAGGCCAGGCAGUAUGGACUCUGCUGGGGGCCAUCCUGGGCCAGAAAUUAAACACUCCAGCAAUCCUGAAAGCCCCAAAAGAGAGGAAGACCAGCAAGAAGGAAGGAGGAACCCAAGGAAAGUCAACAAAUCUACCAGCAAUCCUCUACAGCUGUGGCAUUUGUAAGAAAAACCAAGACCAACAUCUGCUUGUGCUGUGUGACACAUGCAAGCUCUACUACCACCUGGGCUGCCUGGAGCCACCACUAACACGAAUGCCCAAGAAGACCAAGAACAGCUAUUGGCAGUGCUCCGAGUGUGACCAGGCCAGCAGUGAUGAAGCAAAUAUCGCCAUGGAGACAUUACCAGAUGGUACCAAGAGGUCCAGGAGGCAGAUCAAAGGACCAAUCAAAUUCAUCCCACAGGAGAUGUCACCAGAGCCCAAGAAACAUCAAGUGAGAGGCACGAGAACCAGAGGGCAGAAGAGGAAGAGAGUUCCAAUCUGUGACGAGCAAGAAGAUAAAAUUGAGGAACCACUGCCACGGGAACGACGACAGCGGCAGUCUGCAGUGCAGAAAAAACCCAAAGCAGACGACACAAGGACUGAGUGUACAACCUGCAAAGGACCGGGUGACAACGAAAACCUUGUGAGGUUGUGAGAGCUGGGGCAGCUACCUCACCUCCCAUAAAAACUCGGGACAGAUGACCGUUGGCUUAGAGACAGAGAGAGGCAAAUUGAGGCGUUUGAAGAAUGGCACUCAAGUCAGGCUGAAGAACGAGACCAUCACACCGCCCCACAACUGCCUCUGAUCCAAACUGGACCAACGAAAUUGAGCAGAACUGUGUGAAUCUAAAACAUGGAGCCCUAGGUGAUGAAGUGUUGGCAGAGCCAAUUAUAUUUGAUUUUAUUACUUUAUUUGUGUUAAUGUUGGACUCUCAACUGCUUUCACAUACUAACAGUAACUUGUUCUAUUAUUUGGACACAGCUGCAUAUGACACAUUUUGCCAAACUAAGUAAAAGUUAGGGAUUCAAAAAAUUAAUGAGGUAAACAAAACAAGUAGAAAAUGACUAAAGAGAUUAUUUUUGUGCCAGCUAAAAUUUGAAUUUGUUAGACAUUUGCGUCCUGAUAGAUUUAAAGAUCAAAUGAAAUGUUGUCAAUUCUUCCUCAAUUUGCUGUAUUUCCUUUGUAAAAAAUCAUUUACACUAUUAGACAGUGACAAUGAAAUAUGAACAUCCUUGUGAUGCACAAAAAAGCAACUUUCUAGGAAGUUCAGUUGUCGAUUUUGUUGUGCCGUUAAGACUACAUUCAAUUUUUGUGCAAGUCCAGUAGGAGCAAACUUUUUCAGUUCCACAAAGCAGCGAAGUUUGUUUGGUUUGGUGCUUUACUUUGUAGGAAAUUGUUAAAGUGAAGGAAGCUCUGCAGUAAGCUGAGUGUGCUUUAGCAUGCUGCUGUGCAGGACUUCAGACUCUGUCUCAAAGUAACCCUCCAAGGCACUCACCUGAAACCAACAUUUCUGAGAAUUAUUUUAGAGCAACACACUUUACUUUGCUUCUAGUCUGGUGCGCUGCACCUUUGACCUUCCUGUGUGACUUAUCAGUACCAGCUAGUGGUACUAAUGAAUUUGAUUUUAACUGCACACAUUCUUGAACCUAGCUUUUUCUAAACUUAAUGUUGUGUUUUAAGUAUGCUGAGGACCAGAAAUAUUAAGAAAGUGUAUUAUUAUGUACAGAAGACAACUAUUUCUGAUGUAUCAAGUGCAGCAGUAAAGUAAAGCUACUGUAAAGCACCUGUAGUAGGAAGCAGCUAGUGUAGUUACCAGUAAUAGCACUUAAAUAUAAGUCCAAAUGUCUUCAGUCAUUUAGAAGUCUUCAUUUGCCUGUCUUCAUGUGACAGUUAAACUGACAUGUCCUCAGAAAGAAGCACAGCUUUGCUGCAUGUCUCUGGUGGCCCAGAGUGCUGUCAAAGCAACAGCUUCUUGCUGCUCUGUCAGGGCUCCUGACAAGUGUCACAUUCUGCCCUCAUAUGUCACUCUGUUGCCUAUCUGGGACCCUAUAUGCAUACUUUUGGGAACAGUUACUGCAGUUACAUGCAGUUUACUGCUGUUUGCUUUUCCCGUGUGUCCAGAAACACCACCGCACAGAGUUUGCUCCUGAGAUAAGAUUGCAUUGUAGGAUGACCUGCUGACUCCUGACCAGUGCUUUUCCAUUACUUUGAGUCUUCAUGUCAGUCUCAGACUGCAUGUCAGUUCUACAGUGCAUGUCUAUUGUCAGAUCUGUACAUAAUUUCAAACUGAAAAUAAGUGAUGUGGUCUUGUUGCUUUUGAAUUACAGGUAGCAAUUUAGUGAGAUGCUGUGUACAGUAUUUAUUUAAAAAGGCCAAAUAUGUCUUCAUUUUGUGCCUACAUACUUAAUUACAGUUGUAUCAAAAGCUUGUGUUGUCAACAGAGUUAGAGCUCUGAUUUGUGGUGUGGUCAUCAACUGACGACCAUAUUUUCUUUAUAUGCCAAAUAUUUGUUUACAGAUGUGCUUUUAAGGGAUUCUUUCUGAUUAAUUGUGUACUGUGUUAUUGUGAUCCUGUGUGAAGUAAGAAUGUGAAUGUUGCUGCUGUUAUGUAUAUGAAGUGUUUCCUCUGGCUCAUAGCUCUUGAAAAUUAAGCAGAGCUUUAAUAAACUCUUGAC